AUGGACAAGCUUGGCAAGCCCAUCCCAGCACAAUGGUUGACUGGCUCGAAUGGAGAAUGGGGAACCCCUCAAGCCCCUCAGGCCCCUCAGGCCCCUCGCUUGAAAGGCUGGGCUGAGGCGGGCAAGCUGCCCUGGGCAAUGUCGAAAGGGGAAGGGAAGCUGGCAAUAGCAAAGCUGCCCUUGGGCUUGGCUCGGCGAAGCCAGAGGCUCUGA